AUGAGGAUUGAAGUUGUAAGAACAUAUUCCCUAAAAGGCUACAACUUUAUAUCAAUUUCGGAUCCACAAAAUAGAGAAAUACACGAAACUUCAAGAUUUGAAAUGAUCCAUGCUGCAUUUGAAGCUGAAAGUGUUCGAAUUUGCUACAAUGACUUCUCAUUUGUUAAUCAAAACAGGAAUUCAGCAAUUUUGAUUGACAAUAUUAAAGUUUUUAGAGAAACUGAGAAUCGAAUUAAUGCAAAGGUUUUUAAAUCUAUGGGACUUCAUAUUGUGAUAUUGCUUGACGGAAAUUUCGAUGAUGUCCAUGAAAUAUUCGAAAAUUUUUGGAUUAAAUCAAUUUUCAACAUUAUUGCACUAAUGAAUAACAAUGGAACUCUUCUCUUAAGCUUUGAACCAUUCGCAGAUCCUCAAAAUUGUGGCGACACAAGUCCAAAAGUCAUCAAUCGCUUUUUAAAUGGAAAAUUUGUAGACAAACUUAAUUUAAAAAAGACAUUUGACAACAUGAACCGCUGUCCAAUCACUGUCACAACAUUUGUCGAUCCAGUAGCUAUCAUGAAAGAAUCUUUUGCUAACGGAUCCUUCAUUCUUCGAGGACAUGAAGUACAAAUGAUUAAAACAAUUUCUAAAAUGCUUAAUUUCACUUUGAAUCUUAAGUUUCGUGAAGGUUUGCAGCAGUGGGGGAUAGUUUAUGAGAAUGGAACCUGCACCAAAGCAUUUAAAGUGUUGAAUGACAAGAAAACUGACAUCUUGCUGGGUAAUUUGUAUCUUAAGGAAUCAAGAUGUUAUUACUUUGACAACAGCGCUACCUACUUGAAUUAUCCUGUCUUUUUAGUGCUGUCACCACAGGAAAAGUUGAGUAGUUUUGAAAAGCUGUUAAGUCCUUUACAAACCUCAGUAUGGUUAAUGGUUCUACUGACAAUUGGCUGUGGAAUUGUAGUCAUUAUGGCUAUAACCUUAAAAUUCAAAUUUUUAAGGCAAUUUGUGUACGGCGAAGGAGUUCAUUAUCCAGUCACAAACUUAUUUACUGCUUUUAUUGGGUUGCCACAACCAAUUAUGCCGAAGAUGAAUUUUUCGCGAUUUAUUUUAAUGAUGUUCAUGAUGCUAAGCCUAGUUCUUAGAAGUAUCUAUCAAGGAUCACUUUACAAAUUCUUACAAUCCGAUGGACGACAAAAGGAACCGAAAACAAUAGCUGAACUUAUAGAAAAAGAUUAUACAUUCAUAACCAGCGAAUCUAGUCUGGAUAUGAUCAAAAAAUAUAAUUCAAAAAUGUACACCAGAACAAAACCAGUCGAAGAUAAUGCUGAAAAUGAUUUAGAUGCAUUUGCUGGAACAGCACAAAGAACAGCAUCAUUUGCAUCAAAACUUGAAGUUCUGCAAUACAGCAUGAAUCAUAGCAAUUUUCCUUAUAAAAUAUGUAAGGAGCAUUUUGUAACUAUUAAUGUUGCAAUGUUCUUCAAUAAGAACUUCUUUCUUAAACGAGCUAUCGAUGAAGCACUGCAGAAAAUAUUAGUUCAUGGAUUUAUGAAGCAUUGGAUGAAAGAAUUUGAUAGAACUGAUAAGUGGAACUAUAAAGAUAAGAAUCCGACUGUUUUGACAGUUGAGCAUCUUUCUGGUGCUUUUCAAUUACUUUUGAUUGGAAAUGUUUGUGGAUUGGUUGUGAUUUUGGUGGAAAUUAUGGUUUAUAGAUUAAAAUUGGUUCAUAGUUUUUGA